AUGUCUUCAUCAACGCAACACCAUCAAUCAAAUCGCUCAUCAGGAUGGACGGAACAAAUGCGCGAUAGGCAAGCCCGCGGUAAAAACCCAUACAGCGAAGAAAGCGACGUGAGCGAUGGCGAACCAAGUCAUCUUGGACCGCAAUAUCGUGCUUCGGCUGCACGGCCUUGCACCGCCGACACUGAUUCCUGCAGCCCCAUGUUUGAAACACACAUAGAGAGAGAACGGAGAGGGGAGGCCUUGUAUAUUCUGGAUAACCAUGCGGCUCUCAUGGCACAUGCGCAGGCGACCGGCGACAGCAUCGCCGGUCAACGGCUUCGAUUCAUGCGCCAACUAUGUGGCUUCGAGGACAAGCACGACGACAAUGGCACGGCGAGGAGUAAGCAGAAUCGCCGGGUCAGUGAUAAAAUCUCUCGAUAG